UAUCUGUACAAUAGUUCGAUUUUAUUUUGCAUAGUUAGUACUAAACAAAAACAAAACUAAAAGUCAAAAUGAACAAGAUUUUAUUAUUAGGAUUCUUCCUAUUCAGCAUAAUGACAUGUAAUGGAGACGCUGGCUUUUCGUUCGGAGGCAAUCUUGCUGCUUCAUUUGGUGGUGGUUCGAGUGGUUCUGCUGGAGGUGGUGGAGGUGGUGAAGUUGGUGGAGGUGGUGGUGCGGUUGGUUCUUCUGGAGGUGGUGCUGCUGGUUCUCUUGGUGGUAAGGAUAAAGAAUAAGCUUUAACCAUU